AUGCAACUGGAGAUUGAUCACUUGAAGAGGAAGUUGUGUCAUGAACGGCGAAGACGCAGAUCAAGGACUCCUCCUAGUGAGUCUUUCUUGUAUGAUAAGGACUUCCACCAUGAACGCAGAAAUAGGAAUUCAUCUUCCAAAACCUUGGGAAAUGAUGUGAUGAGUAGAGUACUCAACCAAAUUUCCAGAUCACCUUUCACACGCAAAAUUGAAGGAGGGAGACUUCCUCGGCGGUUCACUCAGCCCACGUUCACCAUAUAUAAUGGUUUAACAGACCCUGUGGAACAUGUAAGCCACUUCAAUCAGAGAAUGGUUGUGCACUCCAAGAAUGAGACCUUAAUGUGCAAGGUGUUCCCCUUCAGUUUAGGGCCUGUGGCGAUAAGGUGGUUUGAUGGCCUAGGUGCAGGUUCUAGUGAUUCCUUUAAGGAGCUCACCCAAGCGUUUGGAUCUCAUUCUAUCACAUGCAGUAAGAUUCCUCGACCCCUAGAUUCCCUGUUAUCCAUGUCCAUGCUAGAAGGAGAGACCCUAAAAACGUACUCGGACAGAUAUUGUAAGAUGCUUAAUGAGAUCGAUGGGGACUUUGAUGACGUGGCUAUAAGGACUUUUAAGGUCGGCCUACCUGCUGAGCAUGAUUUGAGAAAAUCCUUAACCAAGAAGCCGGUGAGGAGUGUGCGUCGGCUUAUGGAUCGUAUUGACGAAUACAAACGGGUUGAAAAAGACCAGCAGCAAGGGAAGGGAAAGGCUAAGAUCAAGAAUGAGUCAUACUUCAAAUGGUCAAACAAGAUGAGAGGAGACCCCAUGAGGCACAACCAAAGUCUUCAUUGCCAAUACCAUCAAGAACGAGAGCAUACCAUCGAGGACUGUAGAACUCCAUGGAAUCACCUGGAACAGCUAGUUAGAGAUGGGAGGUUACAACAGUUUUUGUAUUGGCCCAAUGGGCAAGGAGACCAUACAGGGUCGAGGGCUCAGGGGAAUGCUUCUUCAAGGCCCCCUUUGGGCACAAUUAAUGUCAUCUUUGUUGCUCCUGGGAGAACUGGUUCUCAUCCUUCCAGGGUGAUGUUUGUAACUCGGCUACCCGUCGAGGACUCUAAUUCUAUGCCGAAGAAGGCUAAAGUAGAGAUCCGACCGGUGUUGAGUUUUUCGAACGAGGACAAGAUUGGUACCAUACAGCCACACGAUGAUGCUUUAGUGGUCACAUUUAGAAUAAGAGGUUAUAAUGUGAAGAGGGUGUUGGUAGACUAG